GCCGCAACAUGUCUUGGCCUGGAAAAUUGUUAAUUACGUUUGAAAACUUCACCGCUGGCUUGCCAGCAUUGACAAAUGACAAAAGUGCAACGGUCUGCCCCAGCUCCUGUGAUUGCCAAUGUAAAUGCUGUCGGGGUUUCAGCCAAAAUUACGUUGCCUUCAAUGGAGAACCUGUUGCGUCCUCCUCCACUGGCGGCGAUGUCCAGAAAAUGAUGCGUCUCAGCACAGUGGACAUGCUGCUGCUGCUACAGUCGGCACAGGCGCGCGACAAUUUCUGGACAAAUAAUUUCUACAAGGCCAAUCUUCAAGAGGAUUAUCAGGCGAUUGUGGAUGCCUUCGCAUCGAGGCGGCGACAGGUGGAUCUUGGGAAACUAGAGCCAAUUAUGGACACCAUUACAGCUGGGUAUCGACGCGCGGUGGGCCUUCUGCGUGGUGCCGAGGCCCAUGGAGAGCUCCGGCCAAGCGCUGUUGCCCCAGCAUAUCCGGGACUGCGUUGCGGCUGCUUGGAUUGUGAGAAAUGGCCCUGGCGAACCCUCCAGCAGGUGGAGGAGCAUCAGCGUGAGCACAGUCUGAGCUACAACUGGCACUGUCGGAUUUGCUAUCGCAGAUACUACCUUCAACACAUGCUCUCCUCUCACCUGAAGAGGAACGUGCGGCGCGACGGCUUCGGACAGCUAAUGGAGAAUGAAACGUACAAACAGCUGCUGAAGGAUCAAAAGAAACAGGAAGUCGAAUCGUACCAAUCACCUCCUAAAUUCCAGGAGAUGAUUAUCAGCAUACCCCAGGGCGUCCAUCUCGACUUUGUGAGGGAACUGAGAGUGGGGUUAUUGAAACGUAAACGUUGUUAUCUCAGCAAUUGUCCGCGAUGUAAUCACGAGUAUCACUUUCCUUUCAGCCAUCAGCUGCACAUGCGCCGACAUCAAGAACAGCGCAAGAACACCACCAGAUCGUGCCCCACCUGCUGGCGGUCGUUCCGUACUCGUGCAUGUCUUCUGAAGCAUCAAAAAAGAGCUCGCCUAGCAUGUCGUCUGCGGUAUCGACCCUUCAAAUGUCGCAGUUGCCGCUGGAGAUUCCAAAUGUGGUCGGCCCUGAAGACCCAUGUGCUCCGGAUGCAUCAGCGAAGGAAGCCAUGUCUGAUAUGCCAGAUGCCCACAGUGAGUCGUUGUUGCUGCGCCCACUCAGCCGAGGAGUGCCGUGAUGCUAUUAAGAAGCAUCGAGAGAUGCUGCGCCUGCAGCGUGGACCCCCGAAGGUGGACAGGAAGCAACCCAAGCCGGUUUGCGGCAUUUGCUCCCAAGAGUUGAGCAACAACUUCCUUCUGAAAGAGCACAUGAACAAAAAGCAUCUACACCGGCGAGAUUUUUCGUGCGAAUUCUGUGGAUUGGCCUUCUACAGCCAGGGCUUGAUGCAAGUCCACCGAAAAGCGGUCCAUCUAAUGGCGAAGAAAAUACACUGCGAGGUCUGCGAUCUCACCAUCAAGGACAAGAGCAACUAUAAGCGUCACUGCCAGAGCCAGAGGCACCUGGAUCAGAUAGUCAAAGCGUCCAAGGAGCGGUGCGAGGAGCGGUGCGAGGUGAAGCCUUUCGAGAGCCAGAGAUCAGGUGUUUCAGUUCACUGUGAGACGUGUAAAGUCACCCUCAAAGGCGACAUCAACCAGCACUUGCAGACCAUCAAGCACAAGCGAAAUGUUACGAAAUCAAAAGAAAUUAAAGCGGAAAAAAAGGAUUCCUUGGAGCAUUCCAGCGUGCGCCAGGAAGCAGUAGUUGGCUCGGAGCCAUGUAGAUUCCAGAAACCCGAAAAAGUGAAUUACUGUGAUAUUUGUGAUCACACAAUCAUUGGAACUAUGCAGAGACACUUAAAAUUGAGAAAGCAUAGGAAUAAUUUAAUGAAUGAUAAGGGAAAAUAGAAACUGUGGUAUACAAGUGUUAAUGUUAAUUGUUAAUAUUUAUAAGCAGCUGGUAAAAUGGAGGUGUAUUAUUAAUUAUUGGAAAUAAUACUAAUACUAAUCCAUACUAAACUAUACUAUCGGUGGUAUACCACAUAGACACAGGAGAUAAUUUCCCUGACCGAUUAGACACAGGAGAGAAUUUAAGGUCAUAAGUUAUACAAUCUAAUAAAAAUGAAUAUUUAUAAUAAGUCAAA